AUGUCUCAACGUGUCAAUAUCACAGAUAUCAUCAUCACGCCAGUGGCAUUCCAUGAUAUGCCACUGUUGAAUAGUGUGGGUGUGCAUGAACCAUUUGCAUUACGCAGCAUUAUCGAGGUCGUCACGGAUGAUACUUACGGGCUGGGCGAAUCGUACGGAGACUCAACCCACCUGGGUCGUCUGCGAAGAGCAGCCGAACAAAUCAAAGGCCUCUCAGUGUACGAUACAAAUUCCAUAUACCAAAUAUGUGUCGACUCUCUAGCAGGCGACAUCGGUACUGGUGGUGAUGGUAUGGCCGGCAUGGUCACCACCGCAUCUGUUGCUGAUAAAGUCUUCUCCCCCUUUGAGGUUGCAUGUCUCGAUAUACAGGGCAAGCUGGCAGGUGUACCCGUGAGCGAUUUGCUCGGUGGCCGUGUGAGAGACAAUGUCCAGUACUCAGCAUACCUCUUCUACAAGUGGGGAGGACAUCCAGGUGAGGCAGACGAUGAAUAUGGCCCAGCACUUGAUCCAGCUGGUGUGGUGAAACAAGCGCAGAAGAUCAUCGACGAAUAUGGCUUCAAGGCGAUCAAGCUCAAGGGUGGGGUUUUCCCGCCCGCUCAGGAGGUCGAAGCAAUCAAAGCAUUGCAUGCCGCAUUUCCUCGUGUGCCACUGAGGCUUGAUCCCAAUGCUGCGUGGACCAUUGAGACCUCGAAAUGGGUUGCCAAGGAGUUGGAAGGCAUUGUCGAGUACUUGGAGGAUCCGGCCCCAGAAAUCGAAGGCAUGGCCGCUGUGGCCAAGAAUGCCCCGAUGCCCCUAGCUACGAACAUGGCCGUGGUCGCUUUCGACCACCUCCCUCCUGCCAUAUUGCAGAAUGCUGUCCAGGUGAUUCUAUCCGAUCAUCACUUCUGGGGCGGCCUGCGCAGGUCUCAGACACUGGCGGCCAUCUGUGCGAUCUGGGGCAUGCGGCUUUCGAUGCAUUCGAACAGCCACUUAGGUAUCUCGCUCGCUGCCAUGACGCAUCUGGCGUCUGCCACUCGUAAUCUUGACUACGCUUGCGACACCCAUUGGCCGUGGAAACGUCGCGAUGAGGAUGUCAUUGUCGAUGGAGCUCUGAAGUGGGUCGACGGUGGAGUGGUUGUGCCCACUACGCCCGGGAUAGGGGUCGAACUCGACAGAGAGAAAUUGGCACGACUUCACCAGCAGUAUCUUGACUGUGGGUUGCGAAAGCGGGAUGACACUGCCUACAUGAAAAAGUUCCAACCAGAAUUUUCCCCCCAAACUCCGAAGUGGUGA